GCGACGAGUGACAAGGGGAGGGGGGAACCGGCUGCCAGUCUCAGUCGCACGCCGCACGCCGCCGGCACCGCACGUCCCUCAGUCCCGCGAGUGAUACAUGGAUGACACGACCCUGGAAUUUUGUGAAGUGUGAACUUAGUGUGUGAUUAUUUUUUGUUAAGCUGGAAAAGGAUAACGGAUUGUGGAGCACCAUGCUCACGUCAAGCAACCAGUACUUGAGACCGGAUUACCUGUCGCCGCUUCCGACAACGCUCGACGCGAAAAAGAGCCCGCUGGCGCUACUAGCGCAGACCUGCAGCGCCAUCGGCUCCGACACGCCCAACCCCAAACUCAUCUCCGCUGCUGAGAAAGCCAGCAAGAAGUACGAGGACAAGUCCCCCGUGAUACACGUCCCGGACAACAAGCCCAGCUUCAAGCCUUACGAAUCGUGCCUAACUGCGAGAGAAAAGACUAGAACUCCAGAAGACAGAGCUUCUGUGAACGCCCAUUCGAAGACGCCGCUGUCUUCGAAAGGAAGUGCCUCUAACACGCCUGUUCAAGCUCGCUGCAGCAGCAAUCAGAGCUCCUCCUCUCAAAGAACGCCACCACCUGCUCACCGAAAAACGCCGUCAGAGAAGUCAGACGAACGCUCUAGUCCGCUACAUGGUUCUCCGGUUCCAGCGAAAUCAAACUCUGACUCGACUAGCAGCUCCUCAGCGUCAAAGUUACCGUUCACACCCACCUCUUUAUCAUCCAGUGCAGAUACCAAAGAAUCGAGCUUCAAACCAAGUGUACCUGUCACCUCAUCCGCGUUUCUCGGUGGUCUACCGCCAUCCGGCUUUCCUUUACCAAUGGAUUUGAUGACGAGCAGUUUGAUGGCAGCGCAACAUCAUGCGCUGAAAAAUGGACUGAACCCGUACCUUGCGUAUGCGAGAAUGAAAGCUCCCAGUGAUCUGGGUAUCUGUAGAGAUCCCUACUGCACAGGCUGCUCUCUUAGUUCACAUUUGCUCAAGUCUGCCGUGUGUCCCGCGGGAUGCGCGCAGUGUGAUCAUGCCAAAACGCCUUUUCCGCUGCCGACUGGCCACCCAGCCGCCGCGGCGUAUGCUCACGCUCAGCUGGCCGCUUUGGCCGCGGCCUCGCAGCUGCCUUUCGUCUGCAGUUGGAUGGCUGGUGAUUCAGCGUACUGUGGCAAGCGAUUUUCAUCGUCGGAGGAGUUGCUGCAACACUUGAGGUCUCACACGGCGAGCGGUGAGUCGAGCCCAAGUCUAUCGAUGCUCAGCGCGACUCACCCGCUGCUGCAGCGAACCUACCCGACGCCGCCGCUGUCUCCGCUGACGCCACGGUUUCACCCGUACAGCAAGCCGUCCCACCUGGUGUCUUCGCCGCCGCUGCCGUUCCCUCUGCCGCCUCACCCGUCCCUGGCGGCGUAUUUCCCCUCGUACCCGCUAUUCGGACCACGGCCUCUGCACCCUUGAGGACCGUCGGCGCUCCACACAACAAAGAAGGGGGGCGCCGAUCGCUAACGCCCAUGCCAAAAGGACUUUCAGAACCGAAGAGUGUGUAAAUAUAAUGUAGUGUUCUUCGGGUUUCUAGUCGGAUCAUAUCAUCGACGGACGAAAGAUUGUGCCCCGCGGGGCAGCGACAGCUGUGAUCUCUAACUCAAUAUAAUGUUAUGAUAAUGCACUGAUACUGUGAGCUCUCCUUUCAGCUUGGUCAGUCCGCGUCGGCGGAUUUUAAUUUUCUAGUUAGACUAACGAAAUUUUUAUGUACCAAAUCUGUAGAUUGUAAUUUAAAUAAUUUCUAAUUUAAGUUGUUGCAAAUAAUUAUCUAGUGAGGAUUGUUAAAUUGUGUUUGUAUUUUUUUAAUAAUCGAUGUAUUUUACUAUAACUUUGUGACUCUGAUCGAUCACAUAUCUUUGUAUAUUAGGAUUACUCGACUGAAGCCUGAGCGCGAAUUCAUGAACAACACAAAUGUUACCGCAGUUUAGUAAUUCAUUGUUUAACUUUAGAUAAUGCAACUUUCGAUUGAUCUUAGAAGAAUCUCAGGCACGUUUAAUAUUACAUUUCAAAGAUAGCAAACACUUUAUUUUACGUGAGAAAUAAUUUUAAUGAUAUCACUAAACAAAUCAUAAUAAUGUAAACACUACCCGAGUGUACGCUGUGCGUGUAUGAAACACUGUAUUGCAAGUAUCUGUUGACAUAAUUGUUGUUAUAAAGAGCAUAAGACGAAGAAAAAUAUACGUAAAUAUUUAAUUUGA